UCCCGAUGCGCGUCGGCCUCUGCGUUCCGCGUGUACGUGUGUGCGUGCUUCGUAUUUAAUUUAUACUUGGUACGCGGAGUUCUCGCACCCUCACGAGCGGUAAUUUCUAUCACAAUAGCUGCGCGACGAAUUACCGUUUUAAUAUAACAGAUAAGGCUAAUAAUGCCGCUGCAAGUUCACGACGUUCAGCAAAAUGUCGUGGAGCCAAUGCAGGUUGAUGCUCCUACAGAGGAUAAUGAUAAUGCUGAGGAAGAACCGUAUAUAGUAGAAAAUCCGACUCUAGACUUGGAAGUAUAUGCCAACAGCUAUACUGGACUCGCAAAACUACACAGACUUAUAUAUAUCGCCGAUCAUUGUCCAUCGUUACGAAUAGAAGCGCUGAAAAUGGCGAUUACCUAUGUCAUGACCACAUAUAAUGUUGGACUUUAUAUAGUACUGCAUAAAAAGCUUGUCGAGGCCAUGGGUUAUACCCCUGGACUACCGGAUAUAGCGGCGCAAUCAACUUCUCAAGAUAUGCCGACGAUGGAUCAGACAUGGGUGGAGACUCGAUCUAAGAAGGCUGCUCUCAAAUUAGAAAAGUUUGACACCGAUCUGAAAAAUUACAAGAGUAACUCUAUCAAGGAGAGUAUACGAAGAGGCCACGAUGACUUGGGAGAUCACUACUUGAAUUGUGGCGAUCUCGUUCAUGCUUUAAAAUGUUAUUCUCGGGCGCGGGAUUACUGUACCAGCGGCAAGCACGUUGUGAACAUGUGUUUGAACGUGAUCAAAGUUUCUGUUUAUUUACAAAACUGGUCUCACGUACUUAGUUACGUUACUAAGGCUGAAAGUACACCAGACUUUCCGGAAUUGCAUGGUAAAGACAACAAUCAGGCGAUAGUCACUAAGUUAAAAGUAGCGGCGGGCUUGGCGGAAUUGGCAACGAGAAAAUAUAAAAUGGCUGCAAAGCAUUUUUUACAAGCAUCCUUAGAUCACUGCGACUGCCCUGAAUUACUGUCCCCGGGAAACGUAGCUCUCUACGGCGGACUCUGUGCUCUAGCCACCUUCGACAGACACGAAUUGCAAAAACAAGUUAUAUUUAGUAGUUCCUUCAAAUUGUUUCUAGAAUUAGAACCCCAACUUCGAGAUAUAAUUUUUAAAUUUUACGAAUCAAAAUAUGCAUCUUGUUUGAAGUUGCUCGACGAGAUAAAGGAUAAUAUUCUCUUGGAUAUGUACAUAGCGCCUCACGUAAACCUGUUGUAUACGCAAAUUCGAAAUAGGGCCUUGAUACAAUACUUUAGUCCUUACUUAAGCGCGGACAUGAGACGAAUGGCGACUGCAUUCAAUAGAACUGUAUCCGAAUUAGAAGAUGAGCUGAUGCAACUUAUUCUCGACGGUCAGAUUCAAGCUCGUAUAGAUUCUCACAACAAGAUUUUGUAUGCAAAGGACGUCGAUCAACGUAGCACUACUUUUGAAAAAUCUAUGAGCGUUGGAAAGGAUUAUCAGAGGCGUACUCGUAUGUUGAUUCUAAGAGCCGCGAUGUUGAAACAACAAAUUCACGUGAAGAGUCCUCAACGCGACAGCACACAAGGAGGUGAAAUGUCAGUUGCACCUGGAAAUGGCACUUUAGCGGUAAAAAAUUAAAAUUAUACGCGCGUUGACGUCUCACUCCGGAUGAAGCAAAUUUAUAUGCGUAUCUCUCUCUUUCAACUGCCAUGUCCAUCUAGGUAUGAGAUAAGAUUUCACUAUCACAUUUGACAUUGUGUUAUUUCUGCAAAGUCAAUGACCCGUACCUCAUUUUCCACAUAUAAUAUAUAUGGCAUGUAUAUAUAUAUAAAUAUAAAUAUAUUAUCGCUUUGUUGCGUUGUUUUGAAAGAACAAAGUGAUUUUAUCUUCAGUAUAACGAUAAUAGAAUCAUAAAAGAGGAAAAUGUGUAACAUAAACUAACUUCCCGACUAAUUAACAUACCGAUGUGGUCUCUUUUGCAACAAAAUUAUACCGAGAAACUGUAAAUCUUAAGUUCCUCUGUAUACAAGCGAUGUGAAUAAACCUAAGACUUUAACAUAUUCUGCUGGGAUUUAGAAUAAUUAUAAAUAAAUUCAUUUAUAUUACAGUUUUA